AUGAGCGAUCCCGUGCGCGACCAGCGCUUCCAGAAAGUGCACAAUGACCCGAGAUUCGCACGAAACUCGAAGCGCAAGAGCAAACUGCAGAUUGACCGGCGAUUCGCUGGGGCACUCAAGGACGAGCGAUUCCAGAGCGUGCAGGGCAAAUACGACAAGUAUGGACGUCGCGUUGAGAAGAAAAACAAUGAAUUGAAGAAGUUUUACCAUUUGGAGGACGAAGAAGACGACGAGGCCAAAGCUAAAGCUCCGUCCACCACAAGCUCCGACGACGACAAUGAAGAUGCGGACGCUACAGUUGCCAAGAACAAUGAGAAACUCUCGCGUCUUGACUAUCUGAACCGCAUGGCACGCGGCGAACUCGAGUCUGGAUCGGACAGCUCCGACUCGGACUCAGAGGCCAGCGACGACGAAGAAGUCGAAGCUGUUGCCAAAGAGGAGGAAGAGGACAUCCCCAUGGGAGAGGAGACCAAGCGAUUCGCUGUGCUCAACUGCGACUGGACGCGUAUCCGCGCUGUGGAUCUGUUUGCACUGUGCCAGUCGUUCGCACCUGCCACUGGAGCCGUCCAGAAUGUGACGAUCUAUCCUUCCGACUAUGGUCUCCAGAAAAUGAAAGAAGAGGAGCAGCACGGACCGCAGGGACUCUGGGAUGACGAGAACAAAGAGAACCCAGACGACGAGGAGAAACCAGAGGCUGAAGAGAACGAUGAAAAGGACAGUACUGAAGAGGAACAGGCUGAAAAAUCUGGCAGCGAUGACGAGAAUAGCGACGCGGAAGGUGAAGAAGACUACGACUCAGAUGACCCUCUCGGUGUUAAGAAGAGCGUGACGAUCGAAGGCGAGUCCGACGGCUUUGACCGCGAGAAACUGCGCAAGUACGAGCUCCAGAAACUUCGCUAUUACUACGCCAUUGUGACGUGCGAUUCAGUCAAAACAGCCAGCACGAUCUUCGACCAGUGCGAUCAACUCGAGUACGAGACCUCGUCGAACGUUCUCGACCUCCGCUAUGUGCCGGACGACACGACCUUCACUAAUCCACCAAAGGAAUCGUGUGACAGCGUUCCUGACCGCUACAAGCCUGCAAUCUUCGCUACAGUGGCUUUGCAGCAGACAGACGUGAAGCUCACGUGGGAGGAGGAUGACGAGCAGCGUCUGGAGCUUCUCACGCGUCCAGCAGACUGGAAAGAUGCCGACGAUGACGACUUCAAGGCGUAUCUAGCGUCCGAUGUAUCGGAUGCCUCUGAAGCUGAGAACGAUAGCGACAGCGACGAGGAACAGGCUGAAGCUGCCCCAGACAGCAAGAAAGAGGCCAAGAAAGAAGCAAAAAUCAAGAAACUACGCAACCGAUACCGGUCGAUGCUGCUGGGUAGCGACGCAGAGGACGAAGACGACGAUAACGUCCCGGAAGGAGGCUUGGGAGCUAGCAGCGAUGAGGAUGACGCUGCCGGGGAUAUGGAGAUGUCGUUCACUCCUGGAGCAGGUGACAUACUGAAGGUCAAGCGACAGAAGGAACUGGAGGCGAAUGAGACGCCGUUCGAGAGAUACACACGCGAGAAGAAGCAGGAGAAGAACCGUAAAUUACACGAGAAGCGCGCAAAACAGAAGCAACUGGAACGCGAACAACGUGAAGUGCUUAAGAAAAAAGGUCGCGGGGCUAAGGAGGCCAAUUUACUGCGUGAGGCUAUCAACGGAGGCGACAGCGAAGGCGGUGACAGUGAUAGUGAGCAGGACGAGCGCAACUUUGACAUGAAGAAGAUCGCCAAGCAGGAGAAGGUCAAGUCUCUUAAGGGCAAGCGACGUGCCAAGGAGAUGAAGAAACUGGCCAAGCAUAAGGCCAGUGGAGGACUGCAGGAAGGUUUCGAGUUCGAUGCCGCCGAUCCGCGUUUCAGCGCGCUGUACGCCAAGGGCUCCCAGUUCCAACUGGAUCCGACGGAUCCAAAAUUCAAGAAAACGGAGGCCACGCAGGCAAUUUUCAAGGAGCGGCGGCAGCGGUACGAUCAGGACACAGCGUCUGCUACUCAGGCCAAGUCUACCAAGGACUCGACUGUCGAUACCAGUAAGAACACGCUGAACGCCAUGGUGGAGAACCUCAAGCGGAAGUCGCAGCAGCAGGACAAGAAGAAGACGAAAAAACACAAGAAGAAUGCAUAA